GUGUGUGUGUGUGUGUGUGUGUGUGUGUGUGUGUGUGUGUGGGGUCUUUCAGAGGUGUUGGUCCUCUUGUAGGUCAUGUCAGCAUAGCCCCCACAGAGAGCCAGUAUGGACGGGGAUCAGAGCAGAUGGUCAGCUGGCUCGGUACACACAUGCACACCUUAAGAAUGUUAAGAUUAAAGUUUAAGAGAGAAAUAAUUCCCAUUCUAACAUCCAGUGGGUUCAGUUCACUUUGAGAAUCAGCUGCUUGGUAGGACGAUGCUGCAGUGAUGACGGUGCAGAGUUCAAUGCUGAUGGUCUUUAUUUUACUUUAGCUGCUCAAAUGAGCGACAUGUUACUGCUCUCAUGUUUACAAUGACUGAGAGCAGCCUCUCAUUUAAAUCCAUUGUUAAAGUAACGGCACUACAAUGGUACCAUGGUCCUUUAACACACAAUGGGUCAAUGAUGAAAAUGCUUCCAGCUUAAAUCUGCGUUUUAAUAACUCGCUCCUCUCAUUCAAUAACACACCCUCAGAGGUCUAAGCUGCAUCUACUCCACUAUGUGGUCUGGGAUGGUGUGUAAUCGUACAGUGUGAGCUGUGAGUUCUUGUGUGUCUGCAGUGAGGGCUCCGGUGUGUACUUGGUCUCUAAUGUGGUCUCUGUGUUGUGUCCUCUAGCAUCGGCAGCACCCUGAUGGACCUGGAGAGCACGGCGUCCAGCGGCCGCUCCACCCCGGCCAUGCUCAACGGCCACGGCGCGGCGGUGGGGAGCGGCUCGGCAGCAGGCGGGGGCAAGUCUCUGAGCUCCACGUGCUGCUGGGACCACUGCCAGCUGCUGUUCCCCAGCAGCCCCGACCUGGCCGAGCACAUCAGAGCCACACAUGUGGACGGGCAGAGAGGCGGGGUCUUUGUGUGUCUGUGGAAGGGCUGCAAGGUGUACAACACACCGUCCACCAGUCAGAGCUGGCUGCAGAGACACAUGCUGACCCACAGCGGAGACAAGCCGUUCAAGUGUGUGGUGGGAGGCUGCAACGCCACCUUUGCCUCUCAGGGGGGACUGGCCCGUCACGUGCCCACUCACUUCAGCUCCCAGGGCUCCUCCAAAGUGUCCAAUCAGGGCAAAGUGAAGGAGGAGUCUCCAUCCAAGGCCGGCCUUAACAAGAGGAGGAAACUCAAGAACAAACACAGGCGCUCCCUCCCCCGACCUCAUGACUUCUUUGAUGCUCAGACCAUGGACGCCAUCCGCCAUCGAGCCAUCUGCCUCAACCUAGCAACGCAUAUUGAGAGCCUGGGCAACGGACAUAGUGUGGUCUUCCACAGCACGGUAAUAGCCAGGAGGAAAGAGGACUCUGGGAAAGUGAAGGUCUUGCUGCACUGGACACCUGAAGACAUACUGCCAGAUGUGUGGGUGAAUGAGAGCGACAGACUGCAGCAGAAGACCCAGGUGGUUCAUCUGUCCAAGCUCCCCACAGACACAGCUGUGCUCCUGGACCCCAACAUCUACAGGAUGUUCUUCUAACCACCUCCAGAGGAACUCUACUGUCACUUCCUGCUAAGCCAACGUGGAGGAGGAGGAGGAGAUCGUCUCCUCUUCGUCUCUAUCUUUGUUCCUCUUCUUCCCCCCUCCCUCUCCCAGAGGAUGCUGAGAGUUUAGUGACCUCUUUGUCAUGGCCGUCCAAGGCCACCACUGUUUUCUGCAUUAGGUGCUGAGUUGCAGAGGGCGUGUAGGAGAUGUUGCUUGUUUUAGGUAACUAGACUGAAAACUAACUGUAGACAGUCAGACACAUGUAGAGAGAAGCUGUCUUUGUAAAUACUUGAGAUUUGUAAUAUAUUUUUAUACUUUUAAUUUUUUACCGUACUGUAGAUAGAUGUCUUUUCUUCUGCCAAACAUUUGAAAUAGAUGUUUUAAAAACUGAUAAUAUUGGUUAUGUGCAUAUAGCUGGCAUUGCUUGGUUUGAUGUCAUUAAACUUUUUUUCCAACCACUGAGUCUGAAGUCUUUAUUUACACGACA